CUCAUGGUGAACCCCGAGGUGAGGUCCGUCUUCACGACGCGAGCCAGAGUCGUCUCCUUCAUCCGCAGCUUCCUCGACGAGCGCGGGUUUCUGGAGGUGGACACCCCGAUGAUGAACGUGGUGGCCGGUGGCGCCGCCGCGAGGCCGUUCGUCACGAACCACAACGACCUCAACAUGAAGCUGUACAUGCGCAUCGCGCCGGAGCUCUACCUGAAGCAGCUCGUCGUCGGGGGGCUGGACUGCGUGUACGAGAUCGGGAGGCAGUUCAGGAACGAAGGCAUCGACACGACGCACAACCCGGAGUUCACGACGUGCGAGUUCUACAUGGCAUAUACGGAUUACAACAACCUCAUGGAGCUCACGGAGGAGAUGCUGGGCGGCAUGGUGAAGGAGCUCACGGGCGGCUACAAGGUACAGUACCACGCCAACGGGACCGACAAGCCGCCUAUCGAGAUCGAUUUCACGCCUCCGUUCGCGCGAAUCGACAUGAUCAAGGGACUGGAGGACAUGGCCGAUCUCAACAUACCGGAGGAGGAUCUGUCGACUGACGAUGCCAACGAGUACCUGAUGGAGGCCUGUGCCAGGUACGACAUUACGUGCCCUCUUCCACACACGACGGCACGGCUGCUGGACAAGCUUGUCGGGCACUUCUUGGAGGAGACAUGCGUGAACCCGACGUUCAUCAUCAACCAUCCGGAGAUCAUGAGCCCACUGGCCAAGUCCCACAGGGACGAGGCCCGGCCUGGACUGACCGAAAGGUUUGAGCUGUUCAUCAACAAGCAUGAGGUGUGCAAUGCCUACACGGAGCUGAACGACCCCGUCGUGCAGAGGCAGCGGUUUGAGGAGCAGCUGAGGAAUCGUCAGGACGGUGACGAUGAAGCAAUGUCCAUGGACGAAACGUUCUGCACUGCCCUUGAGUAUGGCCUGCCGCCGACCGGAGGCUGGGGUCUGGGGAUUGAUCGCCUCACCAUGUUGUUGACGGAUUCCCAAAACAUAAAGGAGGUCCUCCUGUUCCCGGCCAUGAAGCCUCAAGACAGCUAG